CGCAGUCACACACAACAACAGGGGGGAGUUCCUCCGAUUCAGCCGUAUACGCACUCGACCUGUUCUCUCUCAGAAAGUAAACGCUGGACGAGCCGCUCUCUCGUGAGUCACCGACUUGGAGCGGCAGCUUAUUUCCAGAAAUAGAUUCCUGAUAUGUGCUUCAGCGCCGUUUUUCAACUCGUUUUACUUGCACACGGUCGCCAAGUUUAGUCUCCGUCGUUUUUUUAUUUCGUGACAAGCGGCAGAAGUCGUGACAGACAGUUGAGUUUAGUGAAAGAUCUGUUGAUCGGAGAUGCCUGAGGACGCCGGGACAGCCAAGCCUGGAGGCGUGAUUGCCUAUAUUUCCUCUGGCUCUGCCUCCAGCCCAGAGUCCUGUGUGAGCAGCAGCCCCAGCAGCAGCUACCUGUCCACAUCACCUACUCUGUCCCGGCCCUCGCUGCCCAGCAGGGCUGUGGGAAUGUUGGUGGACAUCGCUCCGCCGCCCAAGAACGGGCACCCACGCGGCCACGGCACGGAGAAAGCGGGGCGCUCCUCCACCUCUGCCAAGAGCAGCAUCACGAAAAUCAAUGGCAUGGUGCUGUUGUGCAAAGUGUGCGGCGAUGUGGCCUCGGGCUUCCACUAUGGUGUGCACGCUUGUGAGGGCUGCAAGGGCUUCUUCAGGAGAAGCAUCCAGCAGAAUAUCCAGUACAAGAAGUGUCUUAAGAUGGAAAACUGCACCAUCAUGAGGAUCAACAGGAACCGCUGCCAGCAGUGUCGGUUCAAGAAAUGUCUGGCUGUGGGCAUGUCCAGAGAUGCUGUCCGAUUUGGCCGCAUCCCAAAGAGGGAAAAGCAGAGGAUGCUCCUGGAAAUGCAGAACGCCAUGAACAACAUGAUGAGCAACAACAGCCAGCUGCACAGCAUUCUGCACGGCCACCAGAGCCCCCCGCUGCCCAUGGAGGCCAUGACCAGCGAUGCCAGCUCCUCGCCCUCCUCUUCCUUGUCCUCUGCUUCCGAUUCCCCAUCGUGCUCCAACCCCUCCUCGCCGCAGUGCCCCCAGGACGCAGAGUCUGUGGUUUCCAUGGACACCAACUCCAGCUCUGCUUCCUCCUGCGCAUCAGACAGUGGCGAGGACGAGGCCGUCGUCGCGACGAGCAGGCAGCACCAAGAUGCUUUAGCGUUCAGCCAGCAGAGGUCACCAAGACAAGGCCAGGGCUCGCCCUCGUCGGUCACAGCCACCCUGGAGACGGGGUGUGACAGCCGGAUGGAGGAGCAGCAGGAGAGCUGGAACUGCUGGAACAACAACGCAGUGGUGGGAGGUUACCAGCACAGUGCUUAUAUUAACAGCCAACACGUCACCAACGCUGCUUAUAGGGAGGAGAGGGGAGUUUACCAGCAGCAGCCUCAGCAGCAGCUUAACAGCGCCCCUAGCUGUGAACCAUCAGAAGACAGCCAAAGACAUCAUGAAUUUAACACACAACCUGCCUCAAGUGGUUAUAAUGGACCAACCAGCUGUGUGAACAGUAGAACACACUUGGUCUGUCCGAUGAACACCUCGCCCUUCGUGGACCCCCAUAAGCCAAGCCAGGAGAUCUGGGAGGAGUUCUCCAUGAGCUUCACCCCCGCCGUGCGGGAGGUGGUCGAGUUCGCCAAGAGGAUCCCGGGCUUCCGCGACCUCCCCGAGCACGACCAAGUCAGCCUCCUGAAAGCUGGAACUUUCGAGGUGCUGAUGGUCCGAUUUGCCUCUCUGUUCAAUGUGGUCGAGCGGACCGUGACCUUCCUGAGUGGCAAGCGCUACAGCCUGGACACGCUACGCUCGCUGGGCGCCGGCGAGCUGCUCAACUCCAUGUGCGAGUUCAGCGAGAAGCUGGCAGCGCUGCGGCUCGAUGCCGAUGAAAUGAGUCUCUUCACCGCCGUGGUGCUCGUCUCAGCCGAUCGCUCAGGGAUCCAGGACCUGAACUCAGUGGAGGCCCUGCAGGACAAACUGAUCCGGGCGCUGCGAAACCUGGUUAUGCAGAACCAUGGCGACGAGGCAGCCACCACUUUCACCAAACUGCUGCUCAAGCUUCCCGAGCUGCGUUCACUCAACAACAUGCACUCAGAGGAACUGCUCUCCUUCAAAGUGCACCCUUGAAAGCUUCCCAAGGGGGUAAAUCUGUGCCCUCCACCUCCUCCACACACACACCUCCACCUCCACCAGGACCUGCCUCUUACUGCCCCCUUGCCCUCUCUAUUCGACCAACCCAGUUAGUGUUUGUUUCUAGAAUGUAUUAAAAGUUAUUUUUUAUUCUAUUUUUGUUAAGUAGACCAUGUGGGGUCUAAAGAGAGAAGAAUAUGAAAUGUACUGUAUUUAUAGAAGAGAUAGCUUACGCUUGUUGCACACAAACACACACGAGUGCAUGUGUGUCAGAGGUUCUUAGUUUUGCAGAAGUUGGAGGCACUUUUCUAUUUUCGAGAGAAAGAAGAGUACUUAACUGGCUUUAUGAAAUGAUAGAGUAGAAACCAAUUAGUUUUUUUUUUUUUUUUUAAUUUUUAGCAUAUUGUUUCCUCCAAAAGCCAUUUAAUUCCAAAGUGUAUUCUCUGAUGAGCGGGUGAAUGUGAGAGACAAUAUAUACCGCAUGUUUGUUUGGUCCAAUAUUUUGACUGAUACAUGUUGGCGAGAAAGGCAAGCUAUCAGAAAACGUAUCGAAGAAUGUGUGACGAUCGCUGCUAAUGCAUGGCUGUAUUUAAUGCGAACAACUUUUACUUGGACUUUUCUCCCUUCACCUCAGAAAGCAUCAGUUCAUUGUUUUAGUGUGUAAUGUUGUAGUUUUCCUUUUUUUUUUUUUUUGUUUUUGUUUUAAUUGAUUACUUUUUUUUUAAUGUGUUAAAAGUCUCAUGUCAGCUGCCUGUACACUGCCUGAUGAUUUCUGGGGGAGUAGAUGACGCCACUUUCAGCGACACUACAUUUGCACAAGUUCUGGAGCAGAAACCCAAGUUACACAAAACCCACAAAUAGUGUGACGCAGCAUCAU